AUGUUUAAACAAAGACGGGACACAUCUGAUCCAAGAUGUAUUGCAAAAGGACUUGCAACAUUGAAUGAAUUAAAUAAUAUGAAGAAUUUUUCACUUCAUGACCAGUCGGAUUACAUCUACUCGGAAGAAAAUAUAUCAUGGCGUGAAGUUUUGAUAGAAAGCUUGUACCGUCCUAGCAAGGAACAUUCAAAUUUGUUCAACGACACUUACCCAUUAAAUGUGAAUAUGAGAGAAUUGAUAAACACAUACAAAAGCGGUAAGUACGUCGGGCCCCUUAAGAUUAAUAAGUAUCCUUUUGAUUUUGUACGGAAACCUACCAAUCUGUGUGAAAAGGGACAAAAAGUGUUUCUUUUAUUCCUCAUUAAAUCUGCCUUGCGCCAUUUUGAUAGACGACAAACGAUUCGCCAGACUUGGGCUAAUCCUGAACUUUGUAAGAGAUUCGGAAUUCGGAGACUGUUCCUAACAGGGAUAAUGCGGGGCCAGAAUCGUUAUCACGAAUACCUAAGGAACGAGAUAUUAAAUUAUAAUGAUACUCUUCAAAUAAACUUUUUCGAUAUGUACUACAAUAACACAUGGAAAACACGUGGUGGAAUUCAAUGGGCUGUCCAAGAGUGCAUUCAAGCGGAAUAUGUAAUGGUUGUGGAUGACGAUUUCUAUGUUGCUUCAGAUCUUCUUGUCCAACUCUUAAACAUGGCGGGCAAAUCUCAAAAUUUCUACAUGGGCUGGCUGAACAGGAACCCAGUGCCUGUCCGGAACAUGCGAGAUAAAUGGUUUGUUUCCAAACGAGAUUUCCCCUAUCUUGUUUAUCCCGAAUUUAUAAGCGCUGGAGCAAUUGUUAUGUCAAUGGAUUUCGCGGUUGACCUGCAUAUUGCUAGUCAAUACACCAGCCACUUCAAAUUUGACGAUGUGUUCGUUGGAAUUGUGGCUUCAAAACUCAGGGUAAGUCCUGUUGAUUGUAGUCUCUUCUCUAUGGCCAAAGUCUGGUUCACGGCUGACCGAUUCUGGAAAACGCUUGUAUCCCAUGAGUACAAACCCAAGGAAAUGCUGCAAGCAUGGAAAUGUCAUGUGCUUAUUAGUAACCACGGACUUGACAGCAGCGUCGACACGGUGUAG